GGUGUCAUAAACAAGCUUUCCAUCAUCUGUCAAACGUCAAAUAGAUAUGGACGAAAGUUUAUCAGUUUCAGAGUAAUUUGUCCAUAGAUUUGUCAAGUUUUCGGCAAUGGAAAGUGCAAACCUUUUAGAGUCCAGUUUGUAUUGCUGUUACAAAUGUAAAGGUCUCUUUGGCACACCAGAUGACAAGCUUAAGCACCAGAUAAACUGCAUGGGAAACCCCCUGGAAUCAGCUUGUGCCUACUUUGCUUGUGAGAGGAAAGUUUUCCUACAGAUUUUUCAACCUGAAGACUUCUUGCUGGAUGGCUUCGACCCUCCAUUCCUGUUUUCUAAAGAUGACAGUUUCAUUAAUCAUUUUGUCAAGAUUCGAGUUCCAGAUAUUUUUGAUCCAUCCAUCUUCCUAAAAACUACACCACAAACGAACCAAGUGGAUGUGGAAGACCCAAAUUUUCUUAUUGAAUCAAACAUUAACACUCUUGAAGAAGAAACAGAAAAAUCAACUGGUAAUACUUUCCUUGAUUCCAGUAAACAGGUGGAUCCAAUUGACCAAGACCAGAUACAGAGUAUCAUUAACAAAAACAUUGAGUACUUGAAAAAUGAUGACAUACCAAGCUUAAGCACUGGACGAAAUAAAGGUGAACCAUCAUUUUCUAGAAGUCCUAGUCUGCCACGUCUUUUAUCGCCAAUAGAUAAACAUUUACAAUUAUUCAGCGACAAACACUUGCACUUAUUCGGAGAUGGAUUUAAGUCAAGGGUGCCUUCGCCAUUUGAGAGAAGCACUGGUUUUUCACACGAUGGACAACUGGGGUAUAGUUCGGGGAGUUUUAUGUAUUCAUCAAACCCUUCUAUACCAUUUUCAUGCGGAUUGUCUACAGAUUUGUUCAGUAGCAUACCCCCUUCUCAGGAGGAAAAUCAGCAGGCUUUUCCAACAAACAUUGAAGAAUGCCCGACACUACAAUAUCUUGACCUUGCAAAAAAGGAUCCGUUCUUUGGGCAGAAUCCGGGAUUGGCCCAGAUUAACUCAAAGGAUCCAUUCCUCAUCAAUGCAUCUUUUAAUAAAGCUGGAGAUCGGCCAAGUUUCAGCUUACAGAAGUCGCAAAUUACACGUAGUUGUGAAGAUCUACAGUCCAGCCCUACGAUGCAGUUGCAAGAUGGGAACUACUUUAAUUUCCCGAGCACUCUUGAUGAACCUACUCAGUUGGAUUACCUUGACCUUGCCACCCUUGAUUUCAUAACAAAUCCAAAUUUGUUCAGUUACAACACAGCAGCUGUAAAAGAAAAGGCACAUGAAAAAGAUGAAGAUAUUUAUAGUGAAGAUAAUAUAACUUGCCAUGAGCCAGGUAGCAUUAGGUCAGAGGCUGCCAUAAGACAAAGUACCAUUUCAGUUAGUGACAGUGGUGACACUGAUAGUCUGUCGGCAUUUUCAAGAGUUAAGAAAAAGAAAACAUUGAGACUGAAGAAAAGUAAAAGUGACAUAGAAAGAAGAUGUGAGAAUAUUUCUUCUCAUAAUAUGAACACAUUGACAUUCUAUCCAGAGGUUCGCGAGGUCUUAGUGAAACAUCCUAAUAUAAGGGCACCUGAGCCUUUGUAUAAUUUUCAACCAAAAAUUAGUCGAUCACUGUUAGAGAAUAGAGAUUUUAGAAUAUGCCGCAAGAGAAAGUUAGACACACAAAAAGACAAAAACAAUGAUAGUAAACUGAUGAAAGUGAAUAGAAAAUCGCAUGCAUCUUGUAGGAUAUCAAAAUCAGAUAAAGAUUUUAAUGUAAGAGAGAAACUGACACAUUUAAGUGAAGAGCAGAAAGAUAAGAUGAAAGCAGUAUUAGGUCAGACAGGUUGCAUUUUUGUGAAGAAGAAAAGGUCAUUGUCUUGCGAUGAACCAGUUGUGUAUGUUAACGACUCACAAGUUUUUGGUAACGCUGGCAUAUUUAGUGAACAGUCCAUAGAUAGAGAUAACAAAUUCCACCCUGUUUUAUCCAAUUCAAAAGCGCUGUUUGAUCAGCAGUUUAAAUUCAGAAAGCUCACAUCGGUCCUACAGUUGAAGUGUCAAGAGUGCAGUUUCAGAUGUCGAAGUGUUGUUGAAUUGAAAACUCAUCGAGCAAAGCAUGCAAAGAAAUCAGAACCAAAACCACUUGAAACUGAAACCACACAGCAGGUGCAAGUUUCAUUAAUACCUGACUCGUUCAAGUGUCAGAAUGGUACAGAAAUGACACAGGUAGAAGUAAAUGAUCAAGGAUUGAAAGUACAGGGUACUAGAUGUAAUGUAACUAACUUAUCUUGUCUCGAAAAAAUACCAGAAGCAAGUGGACUUGAUGAACAGCCAGCUACUAAUUACUUUGAGGUAGACUCAGCUGGCUCUUUUUCUACAUCAGUCUCUGUUCCACAUAUAGUAGAAAACAGUCGGGCAGGUUUUGGUACAAGUGUUGUUAUAAGUGAAGUUACAAAAGAACUUGUAGCUUCUCCAGAAAAAGCAGUAUCAAUUUUACCAAGAAACAUAACAGAUAUAUCUAUUCUACCACCUAAGCCAGCUGGAAUAACAUGUGAACAGUACUUUGACCAUUCCAAGUCGGCAGUGUGUUCAACCCCAGAUUUGAAUAAAGAAACAGCAAGAGCAGUUGAAGCAAUUGAAAGCAUCAGCAGUGAAUUUGAUAAUAAACAUGUAAGUAAUGAACCGAUUUUCCACAAAGAAACAUGUUUAAGAUACGCAAAUGAAAAUAAAAUCUUAGAUAAUGAAAUACAGGUAGAGACUAAUGAUGAAGGAAAACAAGAAAUGGAUCAUAUUGACAAUGAGGCAGGGUUAGAUGUAUCAAAUCUUAAACCUGAAGAAAAUGACAUAAUUGCUCCUAACCAAAAUCUUGGAAGAGAAAAUGAAACAUUUAUAGCUGAACUGCUGCAUCAGCACAGCAAAGACAUUAAUUGUUUGUCUGGUGAAAACACUAGUGAUAAAGCUGAAGUUGGUAGUGAAGUACUAGGAGAGAGAAAUCAAGUUGCUGAAGUUACAUAUAAAUUGUUCAGUCAGUACAAGCCAGACUCUAGAAACAUUAAACAGGACCAACAGCAUUGUGAAAACUCUGAAAUAGAAGAAUAUAUAAACAUGGAAACUGAAAGAGAGGCAGCACAGAUAGGCAAAACAGAACCGAUUGAAAAUAAUUGUGAACAAGACUUGUGUCCUGAAAACCAGACAAAGAACAGCAACCUGACAGUACUCCUGAGUCAAGAUGAAGCCAGUGUUGAUAUAACUGAAGAAAUGGAAGAUAUAGGUUUAGGAAUUGAACCAGACAAGGGGGAAGAUACAAGGACUAAUUCUGAAAAUAUCUGUUUCAGUAAUGAAUCAGAUGUACUGAAAACUUUAGAGCAUGUCCAAAACAGUGUCAAAGAAAAUGAAGAAGGCAUAGUGCAUCCAGUAUCAUUUGAAUCUGUGAUCGAGGUCCACUCGGAAAACAUAGAUUUUGCAGAACAGAUUGAUAUCAGUGAUAAGUGUGGAACAGAAAUUGCUGAAAAACAUUCUAGUAAAUGUGAACAGAGCCUCAGAAAUCACUGGAAUAAAUAUGCAGAAAGUAGCGUAAGUGAUGGUAAUAUACAAACACAAGAUAUUGAACAAUUUUUACCAGCCAGUGACAAUGGAAGUGAGCAAACAUUUAGUCACUUAAGUGAAAAUUUAAGGCAUAGUUCUCUUGGAGCAGACACUGAGCUUACGUCAGAUUUUGAUCAGAAUAACAAGGAUAGUGUCAAGUGUUCAUUUACAUGUUAUAUUUACAGUGAUGGAAAUACUGAAGGAAAAACCCUGCCUGAAAACUCUUCUGAAUUAGAAAAAGAAACUUCCUGUGCAAGAUCAGGAAAUAAAUCUGACCAGUAUUGUGAAAGUAAACCUGAACUACAUGCAUGUUCUAGUCAGCUGAAUGAACAUACUGAAAAUGUAAUAGCAAGAGAAGCUCCAAAAGGUGUAGAAAUCAAUGUAAAGGAAGAUUCUACUUUGCUAAUUACAAAAGAUGUUAAUGUAUUAGAUUGUGACAAGGUUAAAGAUUCAGAAACUGCAAGUUCUGUAACUGCAUGUUCAGAUGAAAAUAAAUAUGUAAAAACAGAAAAUGUACUGCACAACCAAAGUGUUUCUGUUCCUGAUGUUGAUGGUUUUGCUGUAAUGGCAUUGAUGGAACCCAUUGAAAAAGUAAGUGUACCAGACAUUGGUAAUACAAUAGUCAAUUUAGCUGAUGAUUUAAUUGAUAAAGAAGCAACAAAUGCUGGACAUACAGAAAUGGAAUGUGUUGCAGUUGGGGAAAGUGUCCAAGCAUUUGGUAGUGACAGUUUUGUUCUAACAGAAACUUGUCAUCAAGUUGCAGAUCAUUCUAGAAAACACACUGACUUAGAUGGUAAUGAUGCAGCUGUACAUGUAAGUCAGAGUGCUUCUAUAGAAGAUCAUAGUCCAUUUUCAAAGCAAAAUGUUCAGACCCCAAAAGAUAGAAUUGACAAGAUCGUGAGUGAGAAGAAUUAUGAAACUAUUAAAACUUCACAGCUUGUAAGGAGUGGUAUGUCUUCUAAAGCAGAUAGUGUUCAGGACAUGAAGAUAGAAACUCAGAAUAAGAAGGAUGAUGUGAAUACAGAACACCUAAGUUCCUACUUCCUGAACAAAGCUCUGCAGGGACCAGGAACUAAGAAACAGAUAAAAGAAUCUGAUGGGUUUUUCCACUGUGAUGUGAAGGGUUGUAGGUUCAAGACAUUGUACAAGAGCAAUGUAUCACCCCAUUAUCAGCAAGUACAUUUAGCCCUGAAGAGAUUCAUCUGUGAUCAGUGUGGUUAUUCCACCCCUAAUAUGACAUGUUUAAAACACCAUAUGCAGUUAAAUCACUAUAAACAGAAGCGAUUCAAAUGUCCCGACUGCGACUACCUGGCCCUGCUGCAUAGUGACAUUGUUAAACAUGUUAGACAUACACAUAUGAAGCAGAAACAGUAUGCGUGUAAUCAGUGUGAGUAUAGAACAGGACACUCGCAUUCUUUAAAGUUACACAUUAUGUCGCAUAGUGGCAUACGUCCUUAUAAAUGUAAUUCAUGUGAAUAUCGUGCAAAUAACACAAAUAAAGUUACACGGCAUAUCAAACUUCGUCAUGCAAAUAAAGUGGGUGUGGCUUGCGAGAAACAAGAUUUAACGUUUGAAAUAGAUGCAAAACAGUUUCAGUGUGAAGAAAUUAUUUCAUAUCGUGAUAUUAAAGUGAUUGAAUUGACAACGGAAGAAGUGAAUGCCCUCAUGAAACAGAAAGAUGAGAAAAAAGAAUUGGAAAAGAAAGCCAAAGCAGCAGAAAAGGAAGCAAAAGAAGCAGAAAAAAAGGCAAAGAAGGAAAUGAAAAAGGCGGCAGAAGUUGAUGACAUUUCUACUUUAAAUAUUAAUAACAAGGUACCUUAUGCAACCCAUUUGUCUAAUAAAGAUGUUAAAGUUAUUAAACUAACCCCAGAGGCUGCUAAAGCUUUUAUGGAAGCAAAAGUUUCCAAAAAGUUAACUUCGGGUAAAUUAGAGGAAACAAAAUAUACUAAGAUGUUACAAAAACCGAAAAACUUACCAGAGCAAGAUACGAAAGUAACUGAAUUAACUUCACAUGAAGUAAGUGAAUUUAGAAAAGUGACUGGUCAAAACGAGAUUAAUAAUGCAGAGGUGAACAUUGUUUCUAGUGUACGAAAAACAUCUGAAAAGGAAAUUUAAUAUAAAGAAAUGUUAAAAUCUUUA